AAUUCUUUGUUUGAUCACAAGUUAUUGUUAGUUAAUUUGGUUUGGCUUUGUCUAUCUGCGUUAGCAACACGUGGCAGAAGACCUUUUUGGAGACGAUGAUCAUAUGGUAACGUGUAUGUUCUCGUUCCAAAAUAUUGUCACUUACUAUGUGGUUAGCUUUCGAGAAAUGAUUUUAUUGAGAUAUGGUAGAAAUGUGCAAAGUGUAAACUCUUUGGUAAUAAAUUUUCUUGUAGAUAGUUGACAGUUGCUGAAAUAGAUUAUUGUAGCUGUUUACUUGAUUUCAUUACAAUUUGAUAUUUGGCAGUGGAAAUGGUAGUGGGUCCGGCUUGCAAGCUUGAGUUAAGUGCAAUUUCUUAUGUUGGAAAGUUGUGAACUUGAUUGGAUGGAUAUUUUUGGAGGGGAUGAGAGCGUGUGGGGUUGACUAUUUUUCUUAUAUCAGAUUAAUCUUGAAUUGGUUGUUCGAUCACAAGUCAGUGUUAGUUAAUGGGUAGAUUUUGUAUUUUCACUCGGAAGACACAAUUGGCACAGGACAAUGUGGAGAAGAUGAUCAAUCGCAUGCUUGAGGGAGAGCUGGCCCAAAGAAAUGCUAAACGUCGUCUUGAACGUGAAAGAGGACGCAGAGAAGCAGUGGCUGAUAUGUCUGAAGACUUAUCAGAGGGAGAGAAAGGAGAUACAGUUGGAGAUCUAUCAGCCCACGGUGAUAGUGUCCGGGGCAGACUGCCUAGAAUCAAUUCUGUUGAUGCAAUGGAGGCUUGGGUUAAUCAGCAGAAAGGAAAAAAACUAUACAUUAUAUUAAUAAGCCUUCAUGGUCUAUUACGAGGUGAUAACAUGGAGCUUGGCCGUGAUUCUGAUACUGGUGGUCAGGUUAAAUAUGUAGUGGAACUUGCAAGGGCUUUGGCCUCAAUGCCAGGAGUGUAUCGAGUUGAUUUGUUAACUAGACAAGUAUCAGCUCCAGAUGUAGAUUGGAGUUAUGGUGAACCCACAGAGAUGUUGAAUAUAAGAAAUGAAGAUUUCUUGGAUGAGAUGGGAGAGAGCAGCGGCGCUUAUAUUGUCCGCAUACCUUUUGGACCAAAGGAUAAAUAUAUACCGAAGGAACUUCUGUGGCCUCACAUCCCUGAGUUUGUAGAUGGUGCACUCAACCACAUAAUUCGGAUGUCCAAAAGCCUAGGAGAGCAAAUUGGUGGGGGGAAGCCUGUCUGGCCUGUUGCCAUCCAUGGGCACUAUGCUGAUGCAGGCGAUUCUGCUGCUCUUCUAUCUGGUGCUUUAAAUGUCCCCAUGCUUUUUACUGGUCACUCACUUGGUCGGGAUAAAUUAGAGCAGCUACUUAAACAAGGCCGUCUCUCGAGGGACGAGAUCAAUUCAACAUACAAGAUAAUGCGUCGGAUAGAGGCAGAGGAGUUAUCACUUGAUGUCUCAGAGAUAGUCAUAACUAGCACUAGACAAGAGAUAGAGGAGCAAUGGCGCUUGUAUGAUGGUUUUGAUCCUAUACUUGAGCGUAAACUGCGAGCAAGAAUCAGGCGUAACGUGAGUUGUUAUGGAAGGUUCAUGCCUCGCAUGGCUAUAAUUCCUCCUGGAAUGGAGUUUCAUCACAUUGUUCCCCAUGAUGGUGAUAUGGAUGGCGAAAUAGAAGGAAAUGAAGACCAUCCCUCUUCUCCUGAUCCAUCGAUAUGGAUAGAGAUCAUGCGCUUCUUUACCAAUUCUCACAAGCCUAUGAUACUUGCCCUUGCAAGACCAGAUCCCAAAAAGAACAUCACAACUCUGGUCACAGCAUUUGGAGAAUGUCGGCCAUUGAGAGAGCUUGCUAACCUUACUCUAAUUAUGGGCAACCGAGAUGGAAUUGAUGAAAUGUCCAGCACAAGUGCAUCUGUCCUUCUUUCUGUGCUUAAGCUUAUUGACAAGUAUGAUCUGUAUGGGCAAGUUGCAUACCCUAAACAUCACAAGCAGUCUGAUGUUCCUGACAUUUAUCGACUAGCAGCAAAGACAAAGGGUGUUUUCAUCAAUCCGGCUUUCAUUGAACCAUUUGGACUUACUUUAAUUGAGGCAGCAGCUCAUGGAUUGCCUAUGGUUGCCACCAAAAAUGGAGGCCCAGUAGACAUACACCGGGUACUUGACAAUGGUCUCCUUGUUGAUCCUCAUGAUCAGCAGUCCAUUGCUGCUGCUCUUCUAAAGCUUGUUGCUGAAAAGCAUCUUUGGGCAAAAUGCCGUCAGAAUGGUUUGAAGAACAUUCACCAUUUUUCAUGGCCAGAGCAUUGCAAGGCUUAUCUUUCCAAAAUAGCUGGUUGCAAACCAAGGCAUCCACAAUGGCAAAAAAGUGAUGAUGGAGCUGAUACUUCCGACACAGAUUCUCCUGGUGAUUCCUUGAGAGAUAUACAGGAUUUAUCUUUGAAUUUAAGGUUCUCAUUGGAUGGGGAAAAGACCGGAGGUAGUGGAAAUGAUAGUUCUCUAGGAUCUGAAGGAAAUGCUGCUGAUAAGAAGAGUAAAAUAGAGAAUGCUGUAUUGGCAUGGUCCAAGGGUGUUGUAAAGGACACACGAAAGGCUGUUGACCAUAACAGCAGCUCCGGUAAGUUUCCAUCAUUGAGGAGGAGGAAACAAAUCUUUGUUGUUGCAGUGGACUUUGAUACUAUUGCCAGUCUUGCUGAAGCCACCAGAAAAAUUUUUGAGGCUGUUGAAAAGGAACGGUUGGAAGGUUCUAUAGGGUUUAUAUUGUCAACAUCCUUGGCCAUAUCUGAGAUACGCUCCUUUCUGGCCUCAGGGGGGUUUAGCCCCAGUGAUUUUGAUGCUUUUAUUUGCAAUAGUGGUAGUGACCUCUACUAUUCAACUCCCAAUCCAGAGGAUGGUCCCUUUGUCAUUGACUUUUAUUAUCACUCACACAUUGAAUACCGUUGGGGUGGAGAAGGGCUGAGGAAAACUCUGUUUCGCUGGUCAUCUUCAGUUAAUGAUAAGAAGGCUGAGGAUGCGGAACGGAUUGUAUCUUCAGCCGAACAACUUUCAUCUGACUAUUGUUAUGCGUUUACAGUGAAAAAGCCAGGAUCGGUUCCACCAGUUAAGGAGCUCCAAAAGGUUCUGAGAAUUCAGGCUCUCCGUUGCCAUGCUAUUUAUUGCCAAAAUGGGACCAGAAUAAAUGUAAUUCCAGUAUUGGCUUCCCGUUCCCAAGCCCUCAGGUACCUAUAUGUUCGAUGGGGAGUGGAAUUGGCAAGUAUGGUCGUUUUUGUUGGAGAAUGUGGUGACACAGAUUAUGAAGGAUUGCUUGGUGGGCUGCACAAAAGUGUAAUACUGAAAGGAGCCUGUAGCAGUGCAAGCAGCCAAUUCCAUGCGAACCGAAGCUACCCUCUCUCAGACAUCAUGCCAUUAGAGAGCCCAAAUGUUGUUCAAGCAGCCGAAGAAAGCUCUGCUAUCAGGAGUUCCUUGGAACAGUUAGGAUGUCUCAAGAGUUAAAAGUGUCAUUCUUCUUGGUUCAAACUUGUUCAAGAGCUUUGGUAUGUGGGGCUCCUAUCACAAGUCUUUGCCUGGUUGCUCUCAUGGCAAGCAACUCAUAAGCGUUCUCAAGAUUUUGAAUGCUUUAGAAGCUUGUUUGUGGCUUUCAUCGUGACACCUCAAAUCAUCUUGGUCGUUUCCAAUUUGUUAAUUCCCUUGUAAAGUCAAACCUAUGCUGCUCCUAUUAUAUCCCAAGUUUCAAUAGAAGAACACAGUCGAAUGAACCUAUGGCCUGGUCUCUACAAGAGCCAGCGGACGCCAGUAUAUACUACUAUCUCAAAAGCUAAUACAUAUACUUCUCUGCCAGUGCCGUUCAUAAA